CAUUAGCGUUACAAGAAACGCUAAAGAAAGCAAAAUGUUUAAACGGAUAUAUUGGUCAUUCAUCGUGCUUGUAGUCUGUUUUAGUUUGUUUAAAAACGUAAUUUCUCAUGAACAUAAAUCUAAGACAUCGACAAACCCCGACCACGCCGGGGACAACGACCAUAAGGAGGUCAAGAAAUCUAAACAAGCAAACGAAAAACACGAAGACAAAUCCAAAAAAUUUGCGGUGGAGAAGACCGAGUCAACAAAGGGAGAAAGAAGGCAGUUUUUUGGACCGGAACAUUCAGUCAACUUUCCUGGACCACCUCCUCUCAGUCAUGUCAUCGAGAAACCUUUCUUUCAUCAUCAAGUUCAUUAUGUACCCAAACCAUUCCCCGUUCUGUCCGUACAGUUUGUACCUAAGCCUGUCCCUGUGCCUGUUGGAGUUCCUCCCAGCUAUCAUGUCUCUCAUUAUCAUAUGCGACAUCCAUAUCACCUCAAUCCUUGCCAAGGCGGUGGCAUAUGGGUACGGCUACCGCAUGACUACUUCUGUAUUUGCCCUAAGCAACUACGAGGGAAGAACUGCGAAGCUCACAACUACUGUUCAUCAGAGCCAUGUAUGAAUGGAGCUACAUGUGUGGAGACACUCGAUUCCUUUAGAUGCGUGUGUCCAAAGGGCUUUCUUGGUACAAUCUGUGAGAAUUCCAACCCGUGUUACCCAAGUCCAUGCAAGAACGGUGGUACGUGUACCAAGACCGACUCAGAGACAGGAUUCUUGUGCGACUGUAAGGAGGGUUUCACUGGUGAACACUGUGAAGGUUUUAAUCGCUGUAAUCCUAACCCUUGUAAAAAUGGUGGUUCGUGUCAGCAAAUUGCGGGAGACAAAUACAUGUGUGUAUGUCCGCCAAAUUUCAAGGGAACUUUGUGUACAGAGCCCGCUCAAUGUUACGUCAACCCAUGUCUGAAUGCUGGAACAUGCCACGAAAGUGAGACUGGAUACAAGUGUUCUUGUAGAGUAGGAUACACUGGCAGAAACUGUGAAUCUCACGUGUGUCAUCCCAACCCGUGCCAUCAUGGAGGACAUUGUCGCGUCGAUUCUGGUCAUUAUAAGUGUGUUUGUCCUCCACUUUACAGAGGACACAUUUGUGAAGUACCUCAUCCAUGUUAUAAUCAUCCGUGCGAGAACGAUGGUGUCUGCGUUGACUCUUACAGCGGUUACAGCGCUUACCCUGAUAACUGGGACUCAGGCUACCUCCACUAUUUGUGUCUGUGUAAAGCUGGGUUCAUGGGAGCAAACUGCGAACAGGAUAUUUGUAAACAUUGUGACGUCAACGCCAAGUGUCUCAACGAUACGUGCAUCUGUAUUGAUGGUUACUUUGGAGACGGAUUCCAUUGUAGAAAAAUCCCUCAUCCUUGUCAUCCAAAUCCAUGUAAGAACAAUGGUGUGUGCAAGGAGCUGGAAGGCGGGGAGUAUGACUGCACAUGUCAGCCAGGAACAACGGGAAAACACUGUGAAGAAAAAAAUCCAUGUCUGCCGAAUCCGUGUCAAAAUAAUGGCAAAUGUGUUGCAGCUGAAGAUGGGACCACACGUUGUAUCUGUGAAGGCGGUCACACUGGAACGAAUUGUGAACUAAUGAUUGAUCCCUGUCAAUCAAACCCUUGUCAUAAUGGUGGAACGUGCAUCAAUGAUAAUGGAAAAGCUGUAUGUAAAUGCAAGGGAAAAUACAAUGGGAAGACAUGCAAAGAAUGCACUUGUCCAAAAGGAAACAAGAACGCCCAACCACCAGAGGUUUCACAGAAAUGCGACCUCGAAGGAGAAUGCUAUUGUCCAUACGAGGGCUAUGUGAAAACUAACACUGGCUGCAUUCCGGGAAGAUCUUCCAAUCCAUGUGAUUCAAACCCGUGUAAAAAUGGUGGUGUGUGCAAAUCCAUGUCUGAAGGAACAUUCUCAUGUGAAUGUACAAAUGACUGGAAAGGUGUCACUUGUGAAGAACCUGUCUGUACUGAUGACUAUUGUCAGAACAACGGUAUAUGUGAAGCACGCAAUCACAAACCAUACUGCAUCUGCCAAAAUGGAUAUUAUGGACCUCGCUGUGAACAAAUGAACGAAACCAAACCCAUCGAUCACUGCCAUCCUAAUCCAUGUCUGAAUGGUGGCACUUGCACUUCUGUGUUGAACAGUUAUGAUUGUCGGUGUGACGUGCAGUACACCGGCGCGCACUGUGAAGUCGAUAAAUGCUCCAAAUGCGACGUUCACGCUGUCUGUAUUCACGGGAGAUGCAAAUGUCGAAUUGGUUACAUUGGAACUGGAUAUGAGUGUGUUAAAGUACGCCAUUCUCAUUGUCCAGUUACUUGUCCAACCUACUCAACCUGCACCCAAGGCUCCUGUCAGUGCAUACCUGGACACGUCAUGACCGCUGGCCAAUGUACACCUCCGCAACCUCAAUGUCCAACUCCGUGUCCUGCGUAUUCAACGUGCACUCAAGGAGCUUGCCACUGUAAUCCUGGAUAUACCAUGACCGGUGAUCACUGCACACGUAUUAGCGUUUACGCCUUGACGGACGGAGAAGGAGAAGAAGAGGAAGAAGAAGAAGAAGAAGAAGAAUCACCCACACCGACAUUACCUCCGACAGAUCAUCUACCUUCUACCCCCAGAGUCACGGGAUUUCCAACCAAUUCACCUCCAUUUGCCACCAGUAUUACACCCUCUAACAGACCACUUCCACCUACCCAACCAACUGAAACCCCUCCUGCACCGGUCCCAGCACCCGAGCCAGUUCCGGAGCCCACCCCUCAGCCAGUCCCGGCGCCCGAGCCAGUUCCCGUACCCUCUCCUGAGCCAGUCCCGGCACCUGAGCCAGUUCCCGUGCCUUCCCCUGAGCCAGUCCCAGCGCCCGUACCAGUUCCCGUACCCUCUCCGGAACCAGUCCCGGCACCUGGGCCAGUUCCCGUACCCUCCCCUGUGCCCGUCCCGACACCCGAGCCAGUUCCCGUACCCUCCCCUGUGCCUGUCCCGGCACCCGAGUCAGUUUCCGUACCCUCGUCGGCCGCUAAAGACAAAUUUCCGAGCGCACCUCCUCCAAUAAACCCGAAGGACUUAGCUGAUGCUGAAUACAAUGACGCAGAAGGCGAUAACAUUGUUCAUCUACCAAGACCAGGCAUUUAUAGGCCUUAUUCCAAAGGUGCAGCACAAUUAAGGGCUCAAAACUUGGCAGCAAUCAAAUAUCGUAAUGCAAGAGUCAACAGCCUCAAGUAUCCCCCUAAACCAUCUUACUACAAGCCUCGUUCUAUGCCAAGUACUGCAUACCAUGAUCCAAGGGCUCAGAAUACGCACGACCCCCUUAAACCAGCUUAUUAUAGCAAAUACUAUAACAAACCUGCUACUGCUACAGCACCAGGACAGGAUUCUUUCGGUUAUUAUAACAACAGAGUUCCUAUCGUCUAUAACUACCCGCCUGUAUAUUUAGGAGCCUACCCUCAACCCCCACCCCCUACGUAUUACCGCUAUGAGAGAUACGGGCGUGGCUGAGUAACACACACUAACGGGUAUGAAGCGGUGGGGGGCGGGGCAGGACUCUUAAUGUACACUGCCAUUUGAGAGAGAGCUAUAUUAUAAAGAACGAUGUGACCAUAAAUAUAUAGUUUAUAUUUUCGCAGCGGGGACAAUAAUAUGAAUAGUUUUGUCCUCGCUUCGAGUUCAAAUUCCUGCGACUUGACCCUGCUAACAAGGGCGGAUCCAGCCAAAAUUUUCGGGGGAGGACUAAUUGAGUUUCUUCCGUCAACACUACGGAAAACGAUAAAAAAGCAUCUAAUUCUUCAGUUUUGUUUUGUUUUUUGUUUUUGUUUCUGCUGAAGGGGGGCUUCAGCCCUCCUUUGCCCCCCUGGAUCCGCCCUUGGCUAGCUUUAUGUCCCCUAGAGUGUGGUGAGCUUAAAGCUCCCGGAAAAAGACCAACUAACUAACCUGGUUGUAGCUCAAAGAAUUAAUUAAAAGUGAAGUUUUAAAAAAACUCAACCUAAAAGCUAUAGGAAUGGCACUGAAAAAUGGCUGUUGCAUUUAGUUUUUAGGCACUAGGAGAGAAUUUCAAAAAUGAUAAAUGAGAAUAGAAUAAAUAAGAAAAUAAAGACCGUAGAUAUAUUAGGUAUAUU